AUGGUCUCCCUCUCCGACGUUCACCUCAACAACACGUCCCUCCGAAGUGCCGGCUCAGGCCCCACGGUCGCUCUCGUCGGCGCCACGGCCGGCAUCGGCCUCGCGACCUUCCACGCCCUGCUCAAGCACACGUCCUCGCCGACAAUCUACCUCGUCGGCCGGGACGCCUCGCGACUAGACGCGCUCAUCGCCGCCGCCCAGCAACUGCACCCCAACCCGGGCGCGACCAUCGUGCCCAUCGUCGUCAAUGGGGAUGAUCUCACGCUCGUGCGCCACGCCGACACCGCGGCCCGGCAAAUCGCCUCGCUCACGUCGCGGCUCGACCUCCUCAUCAUGUCGCCGGGCUACCUGUCAUUCCGGUCCACGGCGGACUUUUCCCCCGAGGAGGGCCUCGAUCGCAUCACCAGCAUCCGGUACCACGCGCGCAUGCGAUUUCUCGUCACAUUGCUCCCCGCCCUGCGCACGGCGCCGAACCCGCGCGUCAUCAGCGUGCUGGCCGCAGGCAAGGAAGGACCCCUCCGUCUCGACGACCUCGGCAUGACCCGCCCGGAGACUUAUGGGCCGAUCUACGCCGCUGGGGCGGCCGCGUCGAUGACGACGUUGUUCUUUGAAGAAUUGGCCGCGGGCGGCGGCAACGGCAACGACAAUGACAACGACAGGAUCGUCUUUGUGCAUUUAUUCCCCGGCCUGGUCGGGACGGGGCUGCGAGUCAUCAAUUCCGGGUGGGCGCUGUCCCUGCUGUGGGAGUGGGUCGUCCGGCCCGCGUUCAGGCUGUUUGGCUCGACGGCCGAGGAUGCCGGGGAGAGAGUGCUCUUUGCGGCGACGAGUGGGCGCUUCAGACGCGUCAGGCCCGAGGACGCCGACGGCCUGGCCGGCACGUUGGUCCAGCGCGGGAGUACCGGCGUGCUGGGCAGUGGUGUGUAUUUGGUGGGAGAGGAUUCAGGGGUCGUACGACCCCCACGUGGCACAAAGGGUGAUGAUGUUUUGGCCGAGCUGAGACGCCAAGGCGCCGGGAAGAAGGUGUAUGAGUAUACGAUGGGGGAGUUUGAGAGGAUCGAGAAGAUUAGGGGUCAAGAGUGA